GUUCGCCUCCGACUCCCAGUUAUUGAGGUUUGCAUGUCAACAGUGUAUCAACGCCUGUGUGAGUCUCUGUUUACUUUACUUGUGGCUGUGAAGGAGGGAGAACUUGAAGACCUACAGGAAGAUUGACCUUUACUGUGAACAGACAUGGAAGGACUUGACUGAAAUGUAAAUGGUCCCACAGAAGAUGCUCUGAUGGAUGACAGCGGAACUCCUACAGAUAAUCUGCAGAUAGAGUCACAAGAUGGGUGUCAUCCCGGUGACGGCAGGGGAAGUAUAGUGACACGCUUGCCUUCUGCAUCGGAUGAAAAUGAAAAUCAACUGGAUGGGGACGGGCAGGAGCGUCUGAGCAGUGCUGCCAGCGCCAUGGGCAGACCUGACGUGCUCGCCCAGGACAGUCUCAACAAUAAUGACAACUGCCCCGCCAGCAAUGAGGUGGCUGCGUUCGAGAGCUCGGAGAACGCUCCUGGGGAAAGCCCCAGGGAUGGGCAGGCCCUCGUGGGAAAGGACAAAAAAGCACCCGGAAAAAGAAGCCCAAGAACCAAAAGAGGCCCAAUGAAGAAGAUACCGCAAGGACUUUCUUCAGGAGAUGCCACAGCUUUGAUGCAAGAAAAUGCACUCAGUGCGUCCACACCCGCUGUGAGCGAUGAAGAGUCUGCAGAAGUGAACGCUAACGAUCAACCGGAGGCCCCGAAGCAAGUUCUCCAGUAUCUGUUCUCACUCAUACGAGGGGAGGUUGAGCAGUUGGAUUCCAGGGCACUCCCCCUCUGCCUGCACCAGAUAGCAGAGUCCUAUUUCCGGGAGGAGGACUAUGAGAAAGCAAUGAAAUUCAUUCAGCUUGAACGACUGUAUCACGAGAAAUUGCUCGCAAAUCUCUCUGCCAUUCAAGAAGAGUGGGAAACAAAAUGGAAAACGGUACAACCACAUACAGUUACAACUCUAAGGAAUUCAGAAAAAGGAUUUAAUGGUGAAGAUUUUGAACGACUUACUAAGUUUUGCACAACACACCAAGAUCCUCUUUUCUCCAAACCUAAGAUAACAGCUGUAGAAAAGCCUCUGGGAAGGAAAUGCUUUACACAGUUAAUAGUUUCUGAGGACCCAAAGGACGGAGGAGCCACAGCCAAAGAACCGGAGAAUGAAAGUUGUCUUGGCCCGGAGCCAAGGGAAGAAAGCCGGCAUCCAGAGGGAACCCAGGAGAGCAGCCCCUGCUGUGGCCCGAUGGACGGGCAGGCCGAGCCCCCGAGCCUGCCGGUAACUGCAGGGAUGGGCCACACGGAGGAGCCGGUCCGCAGCGCCGAGGCCACGCGGGAGCUCCACGCCCAGCCCUGGCACUCGGCGGGGAGCCGGUCUGGGGACGCCUGGGAGGAUGACAGCCGCCAGCAGCUGCCUCAGACACAGGCGGGCCGAGAUGUGGCCUCAGUAGGAGGCCCCACCGCAGCCCCCACCGUGUCGCUCACCGGCGAGUCCGUGCUCGAGCCCUUGAUCUCAGCCGGCUCUGCCCUCUUAGCCCCUGCGCCCGCCCCCGAGGGACAGUAUUCCCAGGCUCAGAGAAAGGGACUCCGCUUGCCGCUGAAGGAUGCUUCGGAGGCGUGGCCUCCAGGCCGACUUGAGGACAGUGAAUUCAAUGAGCUGCGGCAACUUGAUCUCACAGACAGGGAUGGAAAAUCACUGCGGGGGCCUCCGGACCCAGAGCGCGCUGAGAGGGCGCUCCGCGAGAGUAAUCAAGAAUCCGACUUAAGUGCAGGGGGUCUGGAGGUGUGUAUGGCCCCCGAGGAGAGGGGGGGUGAGGAUGAGCGAGUCAAUAAAGAGACGGAAGACUAUUUGAACAGCCUGUUAGAAGGAUGCUUAAAAGAUGCUGAAGACUCCCUGUCGUGUCAAGACAACCAGGAGGAAGACUCGGACCUCCUUCCAGAUCUUUCUCCCGACGAAGCCUCCUACAGUCUGCAGGAGGAUCUGCCUUCGGACGAGAGCAGUCUUUCCCUUGACGAUCUCGCCAAAAGGAUAGAGAUUGCAGAGGUAGUCCCUGCGGAAGGACUGGUCUCUAUCUUAAAGAAGAGGAAUGAGGGUGUAGGAGACCAUCCUGCCCAGAUGCAGCAGAAACCAUCAAAACGGAGAGUGAGGUUCCAGGAGAUCGAUGAUGACUUGGAUCAAGAUGAAGUUGGAGGUGGUUCCUGUAUUUUACUGGUCCUGCUGUGCAUAGCAACGGUUUUCCUGAGUGUCGGAGGAACUGCAUUGUACUGCACUUUUGGUGACAUGGAGUCGCCCGUUUGUACAGACUUCGCGGACAACGUGGACUUCUAUUACACUAAACUACUGCAGGGAAUGGCGGAACUGAAACACUGGAUCUACCUCUCCUAGCGGCGCUCAAGAGGCACAGGCAUACUGGCAGUGAGAAUCAAAGAGAGAAACUUUCUAAACAGCGUUUAUUUUCAGAGUUCUGUAACAUGCAUCCCCUCCCCGCAGCAAGGAGCCCUGGACUUCCAGAAAUGGCAGCUCGAAAUGGUGAUCCAGAGGCGCUCUCAGAACAACCCUGAGGCACAGGGCGAUCCGAGCAUCGUGGAUGGAAGGAAUGGGCUUCGGAGAGCACGUCCACCUGCUCCGUGCUGCUUCCUAGUGUAGCGAGCUACGCCCAGCAGAACUUCAGGGGCGCUGGUAGAGCCCCACCAUUUUUAGCUGCCUCGUCAAGCUAAUGGUUAAAGGACACUUGGUUUACAUGUGUUGGUCCAAAGACAUCGCUUCCAGCCAUCACGCAAUAAGUUUGUGUAUAAUCAAAAGGAGUUACCUUAUGGUUUCAUUGUCUUUUUUUAAUUAGCUUUGGGAGCUGUGUAAUUUAGGCUUUGUGCAUUAUUUCCAGAUUCUUUUCUUCAUCUGUGAGAUGAUCAUGUGUGAGUGUGUGUGCGCACGCGCAUGCGUGCAUGUCUGUUUCAGACGGUUGUCAUAAGCAAAUACCUGACAUAGAAUAACAAAGAUGAUCUUCGUUUGAACCUGACUACAGAUGUGUGGGCACAGAUGGAAGGCUUAACUGUGGAACAGAUGAGUUGUAGAAAUCUCAGCCCCAAAAUCAGACACUGUGAUAGAUCUGGGACAAUUAAUUUGAUUAACUAGCCAGAAAUUAGUCACAGGCCUAGAGGUAAAGAGGAAAAACUAAAGAGCUCCCUCUAAGUCUCAGGCACCCGGCUUCAUCAUGGGUUCAGUGCUUCCUGAGGAAUGAGGAGUGCCAGACCCACUUCUCAGUAGGUGAGCACCUGUUAUUAGGUUCUGAGAAUCUAAGAACCAGAAUACAAAGAUCCAGAAGAUUUUAGUUCUUGCUCUAGAUGUUUUAAUUCUGGUCUUAUGUAAAAUAAACUCCUACUUUGGCAUAUGAAAUUAAAUCAUGGUAUAUAAUUCAGUAUUAACAAAUCACACAUUCAGAUGUUCGAAUGUGCAUUCAUAUCAUGGGCUUGAUUUAGAUCUUUUACGGGAUCAUUAAGCGAAAAUUCAAUCAUAUCUUAAAUAGGUAAGUGUCUGAUUUUUGUUUCACUCUGCCGGUUCAGUGGCAUUUCCUUUUCUAAGGUACAGUGGUCUAACAUUUAGAAAGCCUCACUUUGGCUUUUUAUAGCAUAGGCAGCCUUUUAACAGAAACAGAACACAUGAAUUCUAGUUUUUUAGCAAGUGACCAUUAUUUCAUGUUUUUUGUUAGGAUCGCUUGAAAGAAAAAGGGAGAAAUUACUUUCUAGUUGUUACUGGCUGGUACAGUACCUCCCUGUGUGUUUCUCUUAUUUAUUUAGAUUAUAUGAAUUUUAAAGGGCUUUUUAUAUAAGUUGGAAGUCUGUUGUUGAGCAUGCGUUCGGUUAUCCCGAUGCUAUGGAUUUAAUUGCUAUGUACUUAGUGUUUUGAUUUUCUACAAUUUCGGUUCAGUGUAUUUUUAGGUUUGUUCAUUUUUAAGUCGAUGUUUUAUUUUCACUUAUAAUACCGUUUGACUUGUCUCUAUCAUGUACCAUAAACUGUAAUAUUUUCAAGGAUUAUAGAUCAAAGAUAUUUAUUUAGAAGUGUACAAGAGACUAAAAUUUAGAUUCCUUAUACUUAAGGCUGAUUUUAUUAGAAGAUUAUUUUAAUGUUCUAUUAUAAAUUUUAAGAAUUUGUAUUCAGAUGGUAUGUAAACUAUGUAAAAUGUUGAUGGUACUAUCUCAUGUGGUUCUAGAAAAGACUUUCACCCAAGUCUGCCGUGCGGGGCAUCCCCAUCAGAGACAAACCUCUUCUGUUUAACCCUCGUGAUUUCUAGUUAUAGGAAUUUGGUGGUGGGGAUUUCUGCCAGUUUUAUGUCAAGAUAAAUCAGAAUUUCCCUCCUGUUCACCUCUUUUAGGUCACUAUCAAAGUCCUAAAUAAUCUGUAGCAUCACAUUUGCCUAAAGGCCACCAGGGCCACCUGUUUCUGAAGCUGAAGACCUCACACUGAGGCACAGGACUGAGACAGACCACCUGGUUCUAAGGGGCCCAUUUGGGUGUCAGACAAACCAUACGUGUCCUCACGCUUCCCAGGGAGUGAGGUGAGCUCAGGAAUGUCUUGGUAUCUUGACUUAAAAUGAGCAUGAAAUCUCAACUAGAAAAACUUAGGGCAACUUUAAAAAAAUGUAAUAGUCAUUUAUUGCAUGAAUUGGAGUAAUUCCAUCUGGUGAUUAAAAAAAAAGAAAUUGUUAUCUCACGCGUAAAAAAAUCAUCCGGUUUUACUACAAUGUAAUUUUUUCUGCCAUUUGAAAGUACUGACAAUUAUUUGUAACUAAUCUUCCCCAAAAACUGUAUUUGAGGGUAACAGAUCAAGCUUGUAAUUUAAAAUGACACCAACACAGCGUC